UAGAAGCAUCAGUGGAGGAGGACAGAGCGGACCUGAACGCUGCCACCGUCUCUGAACGAACGCUGCUUCGUCCAACUCAUGGGUCCUCGCCUUUGAAUUGUUCCUGCUGGACUGGAAAAACAAAGAUGGAGAACAACACCACCGUUUUCCAGGAUGUCGCUCGGCUUGUGAAUCUGACUGCGAUGCCUCUGAACUCUGUGGAAGAACAAGUCAUAACCAUAUUGUUGACGACGCUCAUUUGUGGCGUUGGGAUCGCGGGGAACGUCAUGGUCGUGCUCGUCGUCCUGCGCACCAAACACAUGGUGACGCCAACGAACUGCUACCUGGUCAGCUUGGCCGUCGCUGAUCUUAUUGUGCUCCUGGCUGCAGGCCUGCCCAACAUCUCAGAUGUGGUGGCUUUCUGGAUUUAUGGCUACACAGGGUGCCUGUGCAUAACGUACCUUCAGUAUCUGGGCAUCAACGUGUCCUCGUGCUCCAUCACGGCGUUCACCAUCGAACGCUACAUCGCAAUCUGUCACUCCAUAAAGGCCCAGUUCUUAUGCACGGUCUCCAGAGCCAAAAGAAUCAUAGCUGGAAUCUGGAUCUUCACUUCCCUCUACUGCACCAUGUGGUUCUUCUUGGCAGACACUAAGGAAACCGUUUACACCAACGGGGUGGUUGUUACGUGCGCCUACCGAGUCUCCAGGAGCUUCUACAUGCCCAUCUACUUCCUGGACUUCACUCUUUUCUAUGUGGUUCCUCUAACUGUAGCCAGUGUGCUGUACGGGCUCAUCGCCAGGAUUUUGUUCAUGAGUCCUCUGCCGUCACAUCUGAGCGACCGAGCAGGAGGAGGGUCGGUUCAUCAGGGCCACUCCCACAGCACCAACAAGCCCAACAAGGGAGCGAUUGCUGCAAGAAAGCAGAUAACAAAGAUGCUGGCCGUGGUGGUGAUCCUCUUUGCGUUGCUGUGGAUGCCUUACAGAACGCUGGUGGUGGUCAACUCCUUCAUCGACCCUCCGUACCACGACACCUGGUUCCUCCUCUUCUGCCGGAUGUGCAUCUACACCAACAGCGCCAUCAACCCCAUCGUCUACAACCUCAUGUCUCAGAAGUUCCGCGUCGCGUUUAAAAAGCUGUGCAGGUGCAGCUGCCACGGCAGGGAGGCCGAGUACAACGUGGCGAUUUAUUACAGCGUGAUGAAGAGUUCUUCCCAUGGGAGCAACGAACCGGUCACAGAGCAGGAGGAGCUCAGCGCUCAAACGUCCAGCAGGUUCAACGUGACGGAGGAUGACGCCAGCGCGCUCAGUGCAUGAAACGUUGUUCAGACUCCUUGUUUACGUUUAGGUUUCCGGUUAUCUCUAUGGGUAAAAAGAUGUGUGGAUACUCUUGAUGAACUCUGUAGUGCUUAUGUGUGGAUUUGUGUGUUUUGCAUUUCUCAGCAGUGUAUUUAUUUUAAUAUUCCGUUUUAUACUGUAAAUAUGAAGCACGACAAGCUUCGGUGUUUGUAAGGUUGCACAGUAUAAAAUUAACAGCAAUAUUUAGGUUUAUCAAAUCUGUCUUAGAAAAAGAAUUUAAAUUUUUCAGUCAUGUUAUUCAUAUAUUUAUAAAUAUCAGAGAAGAGUUCCAGACUAAAUCUUUAAUUCACAAGCUAAAUAUUUAGUUUGCAAAUUAAAUAUUUAGUUGGGACUCUAAGUAUACAUAUAUUUAAACUUCUGAACUAAAUGUUUAAGUCUGAGCUUAAUGUGGGGUUUUAGGAAAUAUGACACAGCCACUUUAGAGUUUUAAUUGUUGACAUAAAACUCCAAUUGAAUCAUUUUGAUCCCCUCUUUGGAGAAUAAAUCAUUAAAAAAGCCCCAGACUUGUUAAAUUUGCAGAGUCAUGUUGCUGCUGGUGGUUUUCUUGCUAAUUAACAGCUAAAGUAUCAUUUUAUUCAACCCAACAGUUAUUAAGUUACAGUUUUGUCACCCUUACUCAAUGUUUUUUAAAAGAAAUGUCAGCUAUGUUAGUUUGUUUCAAAUCAAGUCCCAUUCACUAUCACCAAAUUAUAAUCCUCUGUAAGUGAGUUUAGGAAUAAUUUAAGAACUUUCAAGAUUAUAGCAACUCUUUAUUAACAACAUUAUGAUUGAUAAUGCCCACGGCUUCAGCUCUACAAAAUGAAUGCACAGCAAAAUGGAUGUGAAAGUGCUCUAAUUGGCUUAUUUUGAUAAAUGAGGCCACAACGAGAGUCUCAGUCUGAGGGGAAUCGGAUUUUGGCACAAGAUGAGCUUAUUAGUUAGCAGAUCGAACAUGUAGCCUGUUUCUAAGUUUUUAAGUUUACGUGUAUGAGCUAUUUCAAUGUUUAUCAUUGGUUAUGUGGUUUAGUUUCUCCAAUUUAUAUAUUUUCUCUGCUGGCUUUAAGCUCCCAGAUUGUCUUGAUUCCUAAAGGCAUUUUUAAAAAUGCAUUUUCUGUUUAUUUGAUCAUUUGGCCUGUGUUUGGCCUUACUUAUUCCUUGUUUUGAUUUAGAUCAAUCUUUGUUUU